AUGAACUCGCCUUCUCACACCAAUGUACCCAUGGUACCUGUACAGCACUCUCUGUUUCUGAAGCUCCCUUCGGAACUGCGUCUUGAAGUCUACGAUUUUCUAGGUCCCCGUGAGCCCAAAAGCUACCCCUUCGGAGGGACCGUAAUCCGUUCGAUUGAUCGAAGAGUCCCUCCUACAGCACUUAUGGCUACAUGUCGCUAUCUCCACGACGAGAUUCUCGCCCACUUCUACAAUACCGUCACCUUUCACUAUAUUACGCAAACCACUAAUUUUCUUCAUACUGGCGGUCUUCGCCCCAUUGCACUCGCUGCCGUCCGGCGAGUCAAGAAGCUUCACUUGGAAAUCCACUGGAAAGCGUCGAAACCGUCCUUUGAAGAGAAUUCUAGCAAACACUCCUAUGUCCUAUUUCGCUGGCUUGGGCAAGUAAACAAGCUGGUGCUUAGAGAGGCAAAGAGCCUUGAGGUGGUUACCAUCGCAGUGGUUGACUUGGCCGUUGGUGUAGAUUGGGAGUGCAAGAAGAGGCUUUUGGAUCCGUUGGAGAUGUUGGGUCAGCGAGCAGUGCUGCGCUUGGGCGAGGUUACAACGACGGGCGAAGAAGAGGAGGUCAAGUUGACAGCACGAAUGAAGCUGUAUCUGGACGGGAUCAAUAAGCAUCGGCUGCGCACAAGCGACGUGGCUGCUCUUGGUAAACAAUGA